AUGGCAUCCGUAUCGCUCAUUCUGGGCUUUGUCUCAACCAUAAUACCCUUUGUUUGCGCUGGGUUUGAUCCUAGCUCGUCCGGCAACAUUGCAGUAUAUUGGGGACAAAACUCAUAUGGUCAAGGUAGUGGUUCAUUUGCUCAGAAGAAUCUCGCCUACUAUUGCUCCAAUACGGAUAUCGAUAUUAUCCCUGUUGCAUUUAUGAACGGAAUUACUCCUCCUAUCACGAACUUCGCCAACGCCGGGGAUAACUGCACUGCAUUCCCCGACAACACCAAUCUACUUAACUGUACCCAAAUCUCAAAUGAUAUCAAAACCUGCCAGAAGACCUACGGCAAGACCAUUCUUUUGUCCCUUGGAGGGGCUACGUAUACUCAGGGCGGAUGGUCUUCCACUGGUGAUGCUCAAAAUGCGGCACAGACUGUGUGGAAUAUGUUUGGCCCCUUGACUGGGGUGCAAAUUGACCGUCCAUUUGGAGACGCUGUUGUCGAUGGCUUUGAUUUUGACUUUGAAUCAACCGUCAACAAUCUUCCAGCAUUCGGUGCUAAGCUUCGCGGCUUGAUGGACGCUGCUGUUGAUAAGAAAUACUAUCUGUCUGCUGCGCCCCAGUGUGUAUUCCCCGACGCCGCUGAUGGCACAACCCUUGACAGCGUGGCUUUCGAUCUUGUCCUAGUGCAAUUUUAUAAUAACUGGUGCGAAACAUCAAACUUCCAAGUGGGAUCUUCGACACAGACGGCUUUUAAUUUUGACGUGUGGGAUAACUGGGCCAAGAGCAGCCUGAACCCCCAUGUGAAAGUGUUCUUGGGAAUUCCAGCGAACACUGGCGCCGCUGGCGCUGGCUAUACUAGUGGGUCACAGCUCAAGGCAGCUAUUGCUUAUUCGAAGCAGUAUAGUAGCUUUGGAGGAGUCAUGAUGUGGGACAUGUCCCAGCUGUACGCAAAUAGCGGCUUCAUUGAGGAGGUUGCUAGUGACCUCAGUGUUUCCAGUUCUCCCACUGCAACCACAACUACAACUAUGGUUACGGUUACGGUUUCAACAACUUCGAGCUCUGGCCCUAGUUCUAGUGGAGGGACUCUCGUUGCUCAAUGGGGCCAAUGUGGUGGACAAGGAUAUACUGGCCCUACUCAGUGCCAGCCUCCGUACAAUUGUGUCUCCGGUGGUCAGUACUGGUCUUCAUGUCAGUAA